CUACCCCCUUCACCCACACCCACUACCCCCUCACCCACUACCCCCUCACCCACACCCACUACCCCUACCCCAGCACCUCUCACCCACACCCACUACCCCUCACCCACACCCACUACCCCCGAC